AUGUUGCAGCUCUGGCUGGGUCUGCUGGCCACCCUGGCCAUCCUUGUUGGGCAUGGAGAAGCCAGCGCUUGCAAACCAGCAGUGGAUGGCAUUGUUUCCGAUUUGGCCAAAGGCCGCCCGGCCAGACAGUCCUCUGACUACGGAGCAGAUUUAGUGGCAGGGAAGGCUGUGGAUGGGAACUGCCAAGGGAACCUGCUCAAGUACCGCUCCUGCAGCCACACAAAGUAUGACCUGGAUGCCUGGUGGUACGUGGACCUGGGAGAGCCGUGCUCCAUCGCGUCCGUGGUGGUGAAGAACCGGGGAGACUGCUGCAGCUCCAGAAUCCAAAAAGCCGAGAUUCGCGUGGGAGGCUCUUUGGAUGGAAAUGGCAAAUCCAACCCUCUCUGCGGGGUCAUCCAAGACACCAGCCCCGGGUCCAUCAGCGUCAUCCAGUGCAAUGUGCCCCCCGGGCGUUAUGUGAGCAUCCACAUCCCUGGUCGGAAGGAAUAUCUGACGCUGUGCGAAGUGGAGGUCUUUGGGGCGAAAGUGAAGGAUGUGUGCCGCUGUGCAGAGGGGUACAAGCGUGCCCUCAGGCCUGGCUUUAAUUAGGAUUAGGCGCGGGAUUGAGAAUCCCAAUAAUGAGAUCUCGCCAAUAAAGGUUCUUUCUCGAAUAAGA